AUCUCAUUUUCUAAACCAUCACCACCACUUCAACCUCUUUCUCCACCAUACUUAACAACCACCAUCUUAAUUUACUACCAUAAUUUAACAAUGGGUCUUAGAAAGUCAUGCAAUAGACAAGCUCAGGCACUAGCUCUCAAGAAAAUCAUCAAAAGAUGCUCGAGUUUUGGCAAGAACAACGACAGCGGUCUCCCCAAUGAUGUCCCAAAGGGACAUUUUGUGGUGUACAUUGGCGAAAGUCGUAGCCGAUACAUCGUACCAAUAUCAUGCUUGGAUCAUCCAACAUUCCAACAUCUAUUACAAAGAUCCGAGGAAGAAUUUGGGUUUAAUCAUGAUAUGGGAAUUAUCAUUCCAUGCCAAGAAGUUGAUUUUCUAUCUUGUUUCUCCGUGAGUGCAUGAGAAAAAAAAAAAGAAAAACAAAUUGUUUGUCAUUUUGUCAAGAAUACAUGGUGCUCUUGUAAUUUGUACAUUUUUUUUUUCUCUUGUGGUGUUUGAGUUUGAACACCCUUUGAAAAAUAUUGCCAAUUUUGUACAAAAUGGAGAUUAUAAUGGAUAUGAUUCUACCCUAGCUAA